AGGACUCGGAGGCGUCCAAGGUCUCGCGAUAGCCGCUCUGAAUGAGCGCUCGCGGCGCCGCUGCUCUCGCGCCUCCGCGCUGAGAGCGGAGGUCGCAGGCUCGCCCCGCCCCUGAGGGAGCGCAGAAUGGGUGUGCAUUCAGAAGAUGUAGAGCUCUAAUGUGGAGCCUGGGACAAAGUCAAUAAUGGCAUCAGAACUUUGUAAAAUGAUCUCUGAGGCAAAGCUGGAAAGGCACAAGAACUUGUUCUUAAAUUACCGAAAUCUGCAUCAUUUUCCUUUGGAAUUAUUGAAAGAUGAGGGUCUGCAGUACCUGGAGAGACUCUAUAUGAAAAGAAACUCCUUGACCACCCUGCCAGAAAACCUUGCACAGAAGCUUCCAAACCUCGUGGAAUUGUACCUUCAUUCAAAUAACAUAGUUGUUGUACCUGAAGCUAUUGGCUCCUUGGUUAAACUGCAGUUUCUGGACCUAAGUGACAAUGCUCUUGAAAUUUUGUGCCCUGAGAUUGGCCGCCUGAGGUCUUUACGUCACCUUCGAUUGGCCAACAACCAACUGAAAUACUUACCUGCAGAAGUUGGAGACCUGAGGGAGCUGCAGACCUUGGAUAUUUCAACCAAUCGUUUGAUAGCUUUACCUGAAAGGCUGCAUAUGUGCCUUUCCCUGCAGUACCUGAGUGCUGACGGGAAUUAUCUGUGGUGUGUCCCCCGCCACCUCUGCCAACUCCCUAGCCUCAACGAGCUGUCCAUGGCUGGAAACUGUCUUGCAUUUCUGCCACUUGAUUUAGGUCGUUCUCGAGAACUGCAAUAUGUUUAUGUGGAUAACAAUAUUCACCUGAAAGGGCUCCCUUCUUAUCUGUAUAAUAAAGUCAUUGGUUGCAGCGGCUGUGGCUCCCCUAUUCAGGUUUCAGAGGUGAAGCUGCUCUCCUUUUCAUCAGGACAAUUAACUGUGUUCCUCCCAGCAGAGGUGAAGUCUAUAGGGACAGAGACCGAUCAUGUGCUGCCUUUGCAAGAGCUAGCCAUGAGGACACUCUAUAACACCUACUACAGGUUUUUAAAAGAUUUCAGCUUCCUGACUCCAAUCUCAUUACCCAAAAGUCUCUUGGAAUUACUGCACUGCCCUCUGGGACACUGUCAUCGUUGCAGCCAGCCCAUGUUUACCAUUGUCUACCCAAAGCUCUUUCCCUUGAGGGAGACUCCAAUGGCGGGCUUGCACCAGGGGCGGAGAACAGUUAGUUUUGUGGCAUACUGCUGCUCCACCCAGUGUCUGCGGACUUUUGACCUACUGAGUUGAUAAACGCUUAAAGCUACUCAGGAGUGUUGCCAGCUUAAAGCUGCAUUAGACUGUGUAUCUCGUUGGUACUGGAAUACUGUAUGUUUGUGUACAUGUGUGCAUACUCCAAAAUAGCAGAAAUGCUCAGUCAGGAACCCUAAGGGCACAUAAAUCCUGCCCUAUCAUUUUGGGUGAGCUGCGAAAACUUUUUGGAAAUAUAACGCUCAAGCUUUUACAGGUAUUAACACCUUUGCUCUCCUCUAAGACAACGUAUAAAUCAAAUUAAUUCAA